AUGUUGUUAUCUGAAGUUUUAAGGAGUAGCAAGUUGUUGAAGGUUUUGGAUUUGAGAGAUCAAGAGACACAGGAGGAAAUACCAAAUGAGAUUUUCAACUUGUUUCAUCUCAAGCAUCUAGACCUAUAUGAUACGAGAGUGGAGAGAGUCCCAAAAGCCAUUGGAAAGCUUCAACAUUUGGAGUUUCUGGAUUUGGGUAACACCAGAGUUAGAGAAUUACCCGUGGAAAUCCUAAAGCUGCAAAAACUUCGGGUUCUCAGAGUAUAUCAACAAGUUGAUUCUUCCGAUGAUGAUUAUGGAUAUCAUGGAUUUAAAGCUCCCUCGAAUAUGGGAGUGCUUCUUGCCCUAGAAAUAUUAGAUAGCAUAGAUGCUAGUAGUGGAUCUACAGUAGUCAAGGAGAUAGGAAAGCUGACCCAAUUAAGAGAAUUAGGUAUUACAAAGUUAAGAAGAGAAGAUGGAAAGGAGCUCUGCUCCUCCCUUGCCAACCUCACCAGUCUUCAUAGAUUCAGCAUUGAAUCAAUUGGAGAAGGUGGUGAUGAUCAUGAGAUAAUCGAUCUAAAUCAUCCUUCUCUUUCUUCUUCGUUCCUUCGAUCUCUUCGCAUGCUGGUUUUGAGUGGCCGCUUAGAAAAGAUGCCACAAUGGGUAGCUCGUCUUCACGGCUUAGUAAGAAUAGAUUUGUACUGGAGCAGGUUAAGGGGCGAGGAGGAUCCGCUUGAAUCCCUCCAUCGUUUGCCCAAUUUGGGUGAAAUUAAUUUCUGUGGAUCUUACCAGGGAGAAGGGUUGUGUUUCAAGGCUGGAGGGUUCCUAAAUCUGAAGUGGAUGCACUUAAAGAGAAUGGAAGGGUUGAGAUGGAUGACAGUGGAGGAGGGUGCAUUGCCUCGUCUCCAGAAUCUAUUUCUGGACCUACUUCCAUUACUGGAGGAAUUACCAUUGGGUAUUCAGCACUUGAGCCAGCUUCAACAGCUGUAUUUGUCUGAGAUGAGUUCUGAAAUGAUAGAAAAGGUAGAGAAUCAGAAGGAAGAAAGUGAAGAUUACACAAGAAUCGCACACAUUCCUGAAAUUGUCAUUGGUUGCUAUACAGAUGAUGGGGAAUGGAGAGAGCGCCAGCUAUGGGAGAAGUAG